GGUGUUGUUGCAAUAUACAUCCUUAUAGUUGUGUCACAAGGAAACAAGAAUAACGUAAAGCAUAUAUAAUGUACUGUAAAUGGCAUAGAGUGUCGGUGAUACAAUAAUGCCUUUUGUAAGUAUACCACACUUAUAUGUUUCUGUAAUAAUUUACAAUAGGUGUAAGUAGUGAUGAUGAUGAGGAAGUUGAGAGCAAUGAUGAGGAAGAUCACAAAUCUGAAGAUGAGACAGAGGGGCCUUCUGAUGAUAUGUAUGAAGAUGCAGAAAUUGAGACAGAGACAGAUACAGCAGAUACUGAUACUGAUGAAGACAUUAAUGUGCCUUCACAUAGGGUUCCUGUGAAGGAAUACGGUUUACAAAGGGAGCCAAAGUUCAUUGUAUUCCUUACCCAAUUAUUGACGCUCUUUCAAAUCUGCCGUGUGUGCAAAAGUGACAAGACAUUGGUUGAGGUUAACUCUCAUGGGACAAUGGCUGAGGUUAAAACAACAUGUGUCAACCCUGAUUGUGGAAAACAAACAACAUGGCUAAGUCAACCUUAUUUUCCUGGGACAAGAAUUGCAGCUGGCAAUUUGUUGCUUAGUUUUGGAAUCCUUGUCGCAGGAACAUCAGCAACUAAAGUUUUUAGGGUGCUGAAGCACAUGGGCAUGACCUGUUUUUCUGUAACAACUUUCUUCAAACAUCAACGUGAAAUAUUGUUUCCAUCAAUAUAUCUUCACUGGAAAAAGUACCAGGCUGCAUUGGUGGAUAAAGUAAAAGGAUAUGGGGAAAUAGUAAUCGCUGGUGAUGGCCGACAUGACAGUAUGGGUCACAGUGCAAAGUACUGUGCAUACACUGUAUUCUGCUGCACUGUACCUUUUAUAAUCCAUUUUGCGAUUGUACAGAGAAAUGAAGUUGGCAGUAGUCCAGCAAUGGAAUAUGCUGGGUUUUGUCGUUGCAUGGAAUAUAUACUUGGUUUAAGUCUUGUGGUGAAGACAUUCAUAUCUGAUAGACACUCAACAAUAGCCAAGCAUAUGAGAGAGAAGUUGUCAAACAUCACUCAUUACUUUGACAUUUGGCAUCUUAAGAAAAAGGUCACAAAAGUACUCACAAAAGUUGCAAAAGUGAGUGGGUGUGAAGCAGUUGCUGAAUGGAUAAAGCCUUGUACUAACCAUUUAUACUGGAGUGCAAGAACUACACAUGAUGGGAAUGGUGAAGUUAUUUGGGCUAAGUUCUCAUCAUUUUUAAGUCAUGUGGUUAAUGAGCACAAAAAUCUUGAGAAUCCGUUGUUCAACAAAUGUGGGCAUAAAGAGACAAUUGAGCCACGGAAAUGGUUAGAUAAAGAUUCAGUUGCCUAUGAGAAAAUGCAGUCAUCUCUUACUAACAAAAGGCUGAUAAAAGGAAUAAAGCAUGCAUCUCCAAUGGACCAAACAAGUUGCCUAGAAGGAUUCCAUUCUGUGCUGAACCAAUUCUCUCCCAAGAUGAUAGGCUAUACCUACAGAGGAAUGUUUUGCAGACAUGCAUUAGCAGUCAUGCACUUUAAUCAGAAUCUGUCUCGGGAAGCAAGAUUGAAAAAUGGUGUUGAACAAUACAAUGUUGUUUAUCCCAAGUUCAUGAAUGGGGAAGCAGUUGUCAGAAAAGUUCCAGUAAAGCAAAACUUUGAUUAUGUGGAUAAAAUAUAUCAAACCAUGUUAGAGGCUAUUGCGAAUAAAAAACUGGAAGAUGCAAUAGAUGACCUAAACGAAAAAACACCACCACCCAUGAAUACCAUGCUAAGUAAGCAGUCAAGAGAAGAAGCAAUACAAAAAAAGAAAACAAGGGAUGCAAUGCAACUUUCUGAUGUUCCUCCAACAAACCCAGUUCCCACUGUUGAAGUUGGAACCCAAAGUCAUGCUUUAAAACAAAGAAAUGCACCAAAAUGUAGGCUGUGCAAGCAGCCAAUGAAAGGUCACAAAAAUGUUGUUGACUGUCCAAAAAAUAAAAAAGAUUAACAAUAUUUUUAUUUGCAUUUGUUCAUA